GUUGGAGAACGAGCUGCAGCUGGACUAGCUGCUGCUAAGGACCUGUUUUUGUUUUUGCCUAAACAAGAGGUAGUGAAAAGCUUCAUCGUUUCUCCAUCCACGAAUUGUCGCAAUUGUACUAGAAACGGUAAUGACAAUGUCAGGAGCAGGACCUCCACUUGCCUACUACGGCGAUACUGCGUUGUCAGGCAACGAAUCAAGGAAGAUUCCAGAUUGACUGGAUUUGGAACUGACGGAACGAGUGUGGUCCUUAUUGAUCACCUUGGUCCUGGAUGGGGAGGGGGACGGCCCUCUUCUAUAAUAGUCAAAGACCUUGAUUGACAACCUUAUUUAUAAUAGGACAGAUGAUGAUAAUUCUUUUCGAAGUUCAAGGAGAAAAUAAGCGGCCGAGGCAGUGGCAUGGGG